CUGCACUAUCGAUAUAUCGUUGUGAGUGUGAGCAUCGGCAUCGUCGAACAUCAGCCCAAAAAGCACCUGCACUAGGAAAGGUCCGACUAUUUUUUGUUCACCGAGCGAAAUAAUUUGCGAAAAAAAUUUGUCAAAAUGACCAACGCCUGGAGAGCAGCUGGAAUUACCUACAUCCAAUAUUCCAACAUUGCGGCCCGUGUGCUGCGUGAAGCCCUGAAAACCGAAUUCCGUGCGGAUGCCACCAAGCGCAACGAGAGCCACGUGAAGUUCACUCCAUGGGCUAACGGCAGGCCAGCACAUGAAAAAGCAUAACUUGCUUGUUAACUGCCGAGUGUGUCAGUUCUCGCCAAACGGAUUCUGCUUAGACGCUCCCAUAAAAAACAAAAGAUCAACUGGCGGCCCAAACGAAGUUUUGAAUGGCAAUCAGCUGAGAUGUUUCCAUAAUUAAAUUAUAACGAAUUACAAGCAAGAAUUAAAUAUGAAAACACUUUAAACUCAAA